GUCAUGGCAGCCCCCACGCGUAGAUCGGAACUGUAGCUUCACUGACUGUCCGCGGGUGUUUUUUUUAAUCGUUUUGUUUUGCUGUUGGCGUUAGAUAUGAGGUAUUUGCUCCAUCUGGGCCGCUCGUUCGGCCGCCUUCACGUCCGCUUGUGUCACCAGAGUGUUUACAGCAGCCACGCAAACCCGUGCAGCGUUGGAGUGGACCUUGGAGAGAAGAAGCUUGAAAUCUCUUCAGGGAAGUUUGCCAGAUUCGCUGAUGGAUCUGCUGUUGUACAGCUGGGAGAAACCUCUGUCAUGGUGACCGCUGUGAGCAAAAUCAAGCCCUCCCCAUCUCAGUUCAUGCCGCUUGUGGUGGACUACAGACAGAAAGCAGCUGCUGCAGGUCGAAUCCCCACCAACUAUCUGAGGCGAGAGAUGGGCACCACCGACAACGAGAUCCUCACCAGCAGACUCAUUGACCGCUCGAUUCGACCUCUUUUCCCUCCUGGUUACUUUUACGACACUCAGAUCCUGUGUAACCUGUUGGCAGUUGAUGGUGUCAAUGAUCCAGAUGUGCUGGCUAUUAACGCAGCUUCUGCUGCUCUGGCCUUGUCUGACAUCCCCUGGAAUGGACCCAUAGGCGCUGUGCGUGUGGGGAUGGUAAAUGGAGAGCUGCUGGUCAACCCCACCAGAGCACAGAUGGCUUUCAGCACUCUUAACCUGAUUGUGGCCGGAGCUCCCAGCAGUAACGUGGUGAUGAUCGAGGCGUCGGCUGAGAACGUCCUGCAGCAGGACUUCUGCCACGCGGUGAAGGUGGGAGUCAAACACACCCAGCAGAUCAUUCUGGCCAUCCAGAAGCUGAUGAGAGAGCAGAAGGUCACCAAGCGAACCCCACUCAAGACGUUCUCCGCUCCGACUGACGUGGUGGAACAUGUCCGCAAAUUCGCUUCUGAGAGCAUCCAUGCUGUUUUCACUGACUACACUCAUGAUAAGAUUUCAAGAGAUGAAGCUAUCAACAAAAUUCGACUAGAAACUGAAGAAAGCCUAAAAGAGCGAUUCCCUCAGGCUGAACCCUUUGACAUCACUGAGUCCUUCAACACUGUGAGCAAAGAAAUCUUCCGCAAUUUAGUGCUUAAUGAGUACAGGAGGUGCGAUGGGAGGGAGUUGACCGCGUUAAGGGACAUUUCUUGCAACAUAGACCUCUUCAAGCCGCUCCAUGGCUCGGCUCUGUUUCAGAGAGGACAAACACAGGUGCUGUGCAGCAUCACAUUCGAUUCCCUGGAGUCCAGUAUCAAAACAGAUAUUAUCACUACAGCUUUGAGUGGCAUCAAAGACAAAAACUUCAUGCUUCACUAUGAGUUCCCUCCAUAUGCAACCAAUGAGACUGGAAAGACAGGAGGCCUCAACAGGAGGGAGCUGGGACAUGGCGCUCUGGCUGAGAAGGCUCUGAGACCAGUCAUUCCUAAAGAAUUCCCCUUCACUAUCAGAGUCACCGCUGAGGUGCUGGAGUCAAACGGAUCGUCCUCAAUGGCUUCAGCAUGUGGAGGCAGCCUUGCUCUUAUGGAUGCAGGCGUGCCCAUCUCCUCUGCAGUGGCAGGCGUCGCCAUCGGCCUCAUCUCCAAGGCGAACCCAGACAACCCUGCUGACCUAGAAGACUACAGAUUACUGACUGAUAUUCUGGGAAUAGAGGAUUACCUUGGAGACAUGGACUUCAAACUGGCAGGAACGAACAAGGGCAUCACUGCUUUACAGGCUGAUGUGAAGAUUCCAGGGCUGCCUCUCAGGGUGGUAAUGGAGGCCAUCCAGCAGGCCACAGUGGCAAAGAGGGAGAUCUUGGGCAUCAUGAACAAAUGUAUAGCAAAACCCAGAGAGAACAGGAAAGAGAACGGACCAGUUAUCGAGACUGUGCGGGUGCCUGUGUCUAGAAGAGCUCGAUUCGUUGGUCCAGGAGGCUACAACCUCCGCAAGCUUCAAGCUCAAACAGGUGUGACGAUAAGUCAGGUGGACGAGGAGACUUUCUCUGUGUUCGCUCCAACGCCAGGAGCCAUGCAGGAAGCCCAGGAGUUCAUCAAGGAGAUCUGCAAAGACGACCAAGACCAGCAGCUGGAGUUUGGUGCUGUCUACACUGCCACCAUCACAGAAAUAAGGGACAUCGGUGUGAUGGUGAAACUUUAUCCCAACAUGAGUGCUGUCCUGCUGCACAACUCACAGCUGGACCACAAACGGAUCAAACAUCCAAGUGCUUUGGGUUUGGAGGUGGGACAGGAGAUACAGGUCAAAUACUUUGGACGUGACCCAACAGACGGCAGAAUGAGGCUUUCGCGGAAAGUGCUCCAGUCUCCUGCUGCAAUCAUGGUCAAGACGCUGAGUGAGAAACAAAGCAUCUCCAUAGGUGUAAGCGACAAACACGCGACCAGCGCUGAGUCAUGACACCACAGCCGGACUUCUGGAUUUUCUGCCAAAGUGGACUGAAUGAAACUGAGCAGAUUUUUCUACAAAAAUGAGAGUGCUGUUGAGAAAUGGACCAGAUCUUGGAGCGAACUGCAUGAGAGUUGCACAUAGAGAAGGUUGGUCAGCUGCUGAGUAUGACGGAGAUGCAGACAGCUGAUAUUUGUGCCUCAGAGAAUAGCGGAUACUAACAAGAAGGAGGCGAAGAUCUGCAAAAAUGAUAAAGUUGUUGCAUUUUUAAGUACGCCCUUUAUCAUUGUUUUGUUUUCUUAUUGCAUCAAGCAGUUGCAGGACACUUCAUUGUUUAGUUUUCCUCAUUAAAUGCACAACAACGGACUCGCUAUUCACAUCAGUGAUAGUAACGCUGCCUCAUGUAGCGCUGCACUUCCAUGUUUGUUAUGUACUGUAGCAGUGUGUCCCCUCAAAACGUCAAAGAGAAAACUGUGAGAAGCGUACAAGAGAUGUGUUAUUUUCUUAAUAUCCACUUUUAUGUUGUGUCACAUUAGUUGUUAAUCUGAUUCAUCUGUAAUGAAAACAAUUACUGAUUAUGUUGUCAUGGGAAAUGCACAAACAGUUCCAGAGACAAAAGCAGGGACACGUAAAGAACAAAAUGUUCCUGAAGGUCAUCAAGGAAUUAAACGGAUUGUACUUACAGCUAUAAACCAGUACCACAGUAGUCAUAAUUAAAGUAAAAUUGGGUUUUAUAAAACAGAGGUGACGGGAGAAGAUGAAGAAAAAAGGAAAAACGGGAAAAGUUGAGAAUGAAUUUAUUGUAAAACAAUAAAUUAAAGUUGGAUUCAAUUGUUCUGUUUUUUAUUUGUUGGAGGAAUACUUUUAGCAAACUCACAGCUCCACACUUUUUUUUUUUGAAGUAUAAACACACCUUCCACCCACCUUGAAGCAAACUGAGUCCAUUCACUAUUAAUCAUAAGUGAAACGCCCGUUUUCAUAAAGCUGAUCUAAGUCCUCCUCGUCUCAUUGGCUCACCACUCACGUUCCGAGAAAACAGAUACUUGGCAUUAGCCGGCUUCAGCCAGUGAGCUCCUAAAUGCUCUGAUAUGUACAGCUGUGAGGCUCAGAAAACUGGGAAACACUCAUGUCAGGAGCUGCUGCGUCACAUUUCCCCUGAAUCUGGAGCUCUGGUGAUGGUUGAUGUGAUAAACUGUGGAUGUGCUUUUUAUGUUUGAGGUACUGCAUUUACUUUUGGAGCCCUCAGUCUCAAUCCUUACCCUAUAAAACACCAAAUAUGAUUAAAAAUAUAUGCACAAAGGUAAAUUUUGCUCACAUA